UUGCUUAUAAAACAGCUCUUUCUAGCAUCAGAGCUCCUCAAUAUUCCAUCACAAUCGUUGCAUUUCCCUCCCCCGUUCUGUUUUCUCUGUUUUCUUCCUCAAAAGAAUCAACCCAAUAGAGAGAUUGAGAAAAGAAAAGAAACCCACCAACCCUCUUUUAUGUUAUCGGAAAUUGGUGGUGAGGGGUUGCAAAAUGUUCAGAAUGUCAAGAACUUUGGUGCUGUUUUUGGGUUUGCUUUUGUGGGUCUGUUCUUCUGGAUUGGCUUCCGUGACUUAUGACCACAAGGCCAUCAUCAUCAAUGGCCGGAGAAGAAUUUUGAUUUCCGGGUCCAUUCAUUACCCAAGAAGCACACCCCAGAUGUGGCCAGACCUUAUACAGAAGGCCAAAGAUGGAGGGUUGGAUGUUAUAGAGACUUAUGUUUUCUGGAAUGGCCAUGAGCCUUCUCCUGGCAAGUAUUAUUUUGAGGAUAGAUACGACUUGGUGAGAUUUUUGAAGCUGGUUCAACAAGCAGGCUUGUAUGUUCAUCUUCGGAUUGGUCCAUAUGUCUGUGCUGAAUGGAACUUCGGUGGAUUUCCUGUUUGGUUAAAGUAUGUUCCUGGGAUUGCCUUUAGGACAGACAAUGGACCCUUCAAGGCGGCUAUGCAAAAAUUCACUGAGAAGAUUGUCAGUAUGAUGAAGGGGCAGAGGCUAUAUCAAAGCCAGGGAGGACCCAUUAUUCUAUCUCAGAUCGAGAAUGAAUAUGGACCAAUGGAGUCGGGAAUUGGUGCCCCUAGUAAAUCCUACACCAAAUGGGCUGCUCAAAUGGCAGUAGGUCUCGACACUGGGGUCCCAUGGGUGAUGUGCAAGCAAGAAGAUGCCCCUGACCCUGUGAUUGACACCUGCAAUGGAUUUUACUGUGAAACCUUCAAACCGAACCAGAUUUAUAAACCCAAAAUUUGGACUGAAGCCUGGAGUGGUUGGUACACAGCGUUUGGUGGCCCAGUUCCUUACAGGCCAGCUGAAGACUUGGCCUUUUCAGUUGCUAGAUUCAUACAAAGUGGUGGUUCAUUAGUUAAUUAUUAUAUGUACCAUGGAGGAACAAACUUCGGCCGAACAGCUGGAGGGCCUUUCAUCGCCACUAGCUAUGACUAUGAUGCUCCAAUCGAUGAAUACGGUCUAUUAAGGGAACCAAAAUGGGGACAUCUGAGAGAUUUGCACAAAGCCAUCAAGUUGUGCGAGCCUGCUUUAGUUUCAGUUGAUCCCUCAGUGACAUCGUUGGGAAGCAAUCAAGAGGCUCAUGUCUUCAAGACAAGGUCUGGAGCAUGUGCUGCUUUUCUAGCAAAUUAUGACACCUCAACUUCUGCAAGAGUCAGCUUUGGAAAUGCUCAAUAUGACCUACCACCUUGGUCCAUCAGCAUCCUCCCUGACUGCAAGUCUGCCUUUUUCAACACUGCAAAAAUUGGGGUUCGAAGUUCGCAGAUUAAGAUGACGCCGAUUUCUUCAUUUUCGUGGCUUUCAUACAAUGAAGAAACUGCCUCUGCUUAUGCUGAUGAUACAACAACCAUGGCUGGAUUAUUGGAGCAAAUAAGCAUCACCAGGGAUGAAACAGAUUAUCUAUGGUACAUGACAGAUAUAAGGAUCGAUCCGAAUGAAGGCUUCCUAAAGAGUGGUCAAUGGCCUCUUCUCACCAUCUUUUCAGCAGGCCAUGCACUACAUGUUUUCAUCAAUGGUCAACUAGCUGGAACUGUAUAUGGGGGAAUGGAGAAUUCUAAAUUAACAUUAAGUAAAUACGUUAAUCUAAGGGCAGGAGUCAACAAGCUUUCCAUGCUAAGUGUUGCUGUUGGUCUCCCGAAUGGCGGCCCGCAUUAUGAGACUUGGAAUACUGGAAUUUUAGGCCCCGUCACGUUGAAGGGGCUAAACGAGGGUACUAGAGACAUGUCUGGAUAUAAAUGGUCUUACAAGGUUGGCUUGAAGGGAGAAGCCUUAAAUCUUCAUACUGUUAGUGGAAGUAGUUCUGUUGAAUGGGUGAAAGGUUCAUUGGUGGCUCAAAAACAACCCCUCACAUGGUACAAGACAACUUUCGAUGCCCCGGGAGGCAAUGAACCAUUAGCUUUAGAUAUGAGCAGCAUGGGUAAAGGUCAAAUGUGGGUUAAUGGUCAGAGCAUCGGGCGCCAUUGGCCUGCAUACAUCGCACGCGGCAGUUGUGGCAAAUGCAACUAUGCUGGAAUCUUUGACGAGAAGAAAUGUCAUUCGAACUGUGGAGAACCCUCUCAAAAAUGGUAUCAUGUUCCUCGCGCUUGGUUGAACCCGAGCGGCAACGUAUUGGUAGUUUUUGAAGAAUGGGGUGGCAACCCUCAAGGGAUUUCUUUGGUUAAGAGAUCAGUAUCCUGAUAACACCAAGAAGCUUGCACUUGAGGCUGGUUGCAACUAUUCUCAACCAUGCCUCACAUUUCUCUUCAGUUUCACCAAAUGCACCGGUAGAUUUCUCAAAUUAUAGUUCAUCUUCAGUUGCAUAAGCGCUUGUCAAACUCAGGCCAGUAGCAGAUGUAUCGGGUCGAAGAUCCACGUAUUGUUCGAAUUCGCAAGAGAAUAAGUGGAGAAGAAUACCAAAACCAAACACCAUUUUUAUGUCAAAUGUAGAUAGUGAAGAAGUUUGCUAUGUACAUAGAAAGAAAAGCUAUUCUUGGGUUCAAAACUUUGAUCCCAAAUUCAAACCCAGAUUUAUUUAUUUGGGACUUAUGUAACGAGUCGAUCAUCGGUCGAGGGUCGAGGUUGUAAUGCUUGAAUAGAAUACAAAUGUUCAGGCACAAUACAUAAUCAUUAUACUUUUACUUUUCAUAGCAAUGUAAUGACUUCAAAGUGGCAAUAAUGUGUUUCCCAUGA